AUGAAUGAGUGCCACUACGAUAAGCAUAUGGACUUUUUUUAUAACAGGAGCAACACAGUUACUGCGGAUGAAUGGACAGGAACGAAGCUCAUUAUUGUCUUGUGCUUUGGAGCAUUUUUUUGCUUGUUUAUCUUUUUUUCCAAUUCUCUGGUCAUCGCAGCAGUGAUCAAAAACAGAAAGUUUCACUUCCCCUUCUACUACCUGUUGGCUAACCUUGCUGCUGCAGAUUUCUUUGCUGGAAUUGCCUAUGUAUUCCUGAUGUUUAACACUGGCCCAGUCUCAAAAACUCUGACCGUCAGCCGCUGGUUACUCCGCCAGGGACUUCUGGACACUAGCUUGACUGCUUCCCUGACCAAUCUACUGGUCAUUGCCGUGGAACGUCACAUGUCCAUCAUGCGAAUGCGGAUCCACAGCAACUUGACCAAGAAGAGGGUGACACUGCUUAUCCUGUCCAUCUGGGCUAUUGCCAUCUUUAUGGGGGCCGUCCCCACUCUAGGCUGGAAUUGCCUUUGUGAUAUCUCAACCUGCUCCUCCCUUGCCCCCAUUUACAGCAGGAGUUACCUCAUUUUCUGGACCGUGUCCAACCUUGUGGCUUUUUUCAUCAUGGUUGCAGUGUAUCUGAGGAUCUACAUGUAUGUCAAGAGGAAAACCAAUGUCUUGUCUCCACACAUGAGUGGGUCCAUUAAUCGCAGAAAGGCACCCAUGAAGCUAAUGAAAACAGUGAUGACUGUUCUAGGGGCCUUCGUGGUGUGCUGGACCCCAGGGCUGGUGGUACUGCUCCUCGAUGGCCUGAACUGCACUCAAUGCGGCGUGCAGCAUGUGAAAAGGUGGUUCCUGCUGCUGGCACUGCUUAACUCUGCCAUGAACCCCAUCAUCUAUUCCUACAAGGAUGAGGACAUGUACAGCACCAUGAAGAAGAUGAUUUGCUGUUUCUCUCAGGAGACCAAUCCGGAGAGGCGCCCCUCCCGUCUGCCCUCCACGAUCCUCAGCAGGAGUGACACAGGCAGCCAAUAUUUAGAGGAUAGCAUCACCCGAGGCACGAGCUGCGACCAGAGCAAGGGAAGUUCCUGA